CAAUGAAGUAUUGCUUUUAAACAUGUCAUCUUCCACAUAUAUGCCACUUUACUUUUAUAUUCCAGCAUUGUGGAUGCAAUCUCCACUGAUAUGAUCGAGCUUCUCAGGUUUCUGUAGGUUGAGAUAGAGACUCGAUCUCUUUAAGGCCGGGGGUGAAGAACCAGCUGACAAAGUGAUGGGGCAAAGUAAAUCUUCCAACUGCCCGAGGACUUUGAUAUUGUGGACUAUGGCAUCACAUGUGAAAUGGCUUAAUAUAGCUGCAGAGUACGCAUUGUUUCUGCUGAUGGCUUACUUGACCGAUGCGUGGGGACUAGGCUUCGCAUAUGCUGCUGGAAUUAUAAACAUUUGGACUGGCUUAAGUAAACUUUUGUGCUUAUGCGGUGCUUUCAUUGCGGACAAAAUUGGUAACUACUGGAUGCUCCUCUACUCCACUAUAGUAUACAGCAUUGGUAUGGCGUUUCUAUACAUGUCAACGCCACCGGUGCUGGAAAACAUGGCCGGUAACUGCGGCGAGGACCGGCCGGAAUGCUACGGCCCAGCGCAAAAGGCUACGUUCUACAUAUCAUUGGUGCUAACAGGCGUGGGCAUGGCAGGCCACGCCGUUUCUCUUGAUCCAUUCCUGGACGAACAAGGUGUGAACGAGGAUAAAGAGAAGGGUUUUUGGACGAGAAGAAGUCUGGCUAACAAUUUAAUGAGAGCGGUGAUCUCCGGAGUGUCCAGUUGGCUUCUGCCGCAACAUUGGAGUGGUCGGUUUGGGAUUGUUGCGAUGUAUGGAUUUGCGGCCACGAUCGCAUUGGCGAUCGCAAAAUGGUUUGUAGUUUUUAAUGAGACACCACCAGCAAAGAGUGACGAUAAAAUAAAUUUCUGUGAAAUGUUCAACCAAACCGCCAUGGUGUGGCCAUCGUUCAUAAUGUGUGGGGUGGUUUCCUCCAUCGGAAACACCUUAUUCGUGGAGCAGGCCGACAGAAUGAAGCCCACCGCCGGGGUUUACACUGUCCCUCUCGGCGUCCUUUUACUCCUAGCCAAGGCCGCCAAGUUCAUCCUCAAACAAUGCUAUGGUUUUAUCUACAAAUUGAUGAAAAACUUCUUCGAAUGGUGCGAUACCAUAACAACAAAAUACUUCAAUGGAGUUAACGCCGGUACAAAGAAGAUGGCGGCGUUGUUCGGCAUCGGAAUGGCGAUGCUCAACGCCGUACUAUGUUGCUUGGCGGCCGCGGUGGUGGAAAAUGUAAGGCGGAAGGACACUAUGAAGAUGUAUCUGCACCACGAUAGCAAAUUUUGGCUGGUACCUCAGUUCGUUUUCGUUAUCGGCAUCGAUGCAUUCCUGGAAGUAAGCGUCAAUGAUUUCUUCCAAAACUAUGAAUCAUCUGAGGGGAAACCCGCCUCGAAAGAUCAGUCCUUGGAAAGGUACAGUAUCCAGUUCACCAACUUCGUGAUGGGCCUGGGAUUUAUAGGCAGUGUGGUGUCGGUUUUGGCGGUGGCCAAAAUCAGCCAGAGUGUGAGUGGGAAAAGCUGGAUACAGAAAGAAGUGAGUGAUUGUGAGCUGGAGAAGUACUAUUGGGUUCUUGCUGUUCUAAGUAGCAUCAAUAUCGUUUACUACGUUAUUGCAGCCAUUUGCUACACCAUAAAGCUAAAGAAGGCUCCCAAGAAAAACACGGCCGCCGGCGACGCUUCUCCUGGAUGCUGCUCCUGCUAGUUCAUAUAUGGUGCUGGCCUCGCCUGCAGUGCCAGACAAUGUUUGUCUUUAUUUUUUAUUUUUUGGUUGACAGAAAAUUUCGUUGUCAUUUUGUGAGGGUGUGUACAAUAUACCUGAUAAAUCUUUUUUAUUUUAAA